AUGGCUGGAAAUAAUAUUACAUUCAUUGACGAUCUUGACAUACAAAAGGAUGAUUUCACUGUCAAGGUUCGAAUUGUUAGAUUGUGGAAGCAACCGGUGUUUAAAAACCCGGAUGAAAUAUACUCCAUUGAAAUGAUAUUAAUGGAUGAACAGGGCAACAAAAUACAGGCAAAUGUCCUGCAGAAAUGGGUUCCUAAGUUCAGGAACUUACUUCAAGAAGGGGCUGCAGUUUUUAUUAAGAAUCCUACAAUUGCUCGAUAUGCAACGAAGUACAAGUUAAUCGACAAUACAAACAAGUUACAUUUGUAUUACAAGACUUCUGUUUCGAAUUGCCGGGAUUUUAAGGGUUCCAUUUUUGGUUUUUCAUUUGUCAACUUUGAAAACAUUAAACCCAAAAGUAUCCCAGAACAUACAGCAGUUGAUGUAAUUGGGGAGGUUAUUGCUUGUGAGACAAUGAUGACUCUUCCARAUAGCAAUGGAAAAGGCAAAAGAAGAAUGCAACUUGAGAUGAAGGAUUUGGGAUAA